AUGAUUUUUGGAGGACCCAGUUCUUCUCCUUCCUCUCAGAAUUUUUUGACCCCAUCAAGUUAUAUUCAUCAGAAUACCUUCUCCUGCCAGGACCUACAUCCACAGCAGCAGUUCCCAAACGGGCCUUUCACUCCAACCGUCCCACCCACCCUCAUUUCGGCAAGCAGUCGCAAAUCCAUUCCCCCAACACAUAUCCAAAAUGUAAUCCUAUCAUCCCAACAACAUAAGAAGGCCCUUCACUCAAUUUUAGCCUCUAAGCUCACCCACCUCCACAUCCCAGCCUCUUCUUCGUCAACUGAUCCUCCACCGAAUUUUGAUUUCUCCGAACUCUUCGUACCUUCCACCUCAUCGCCUUCCUCCUCUAGCACAUCUCAACGCUACACACCCAUAGCAGCAUCGCGAUGCUGCUGUGGAUUUGGGUGGAGAUGGGAGGGAGGGGGAGGAGAGGAGAGGAGGGAGAAGGGAGGCGACGGGAAUGGUGUAGAGGAAUUGAAAAAUUAG